UCUCACUUCCUGUUAGCUUGCGGAAGAUAGCGGACGAGCGGUCGAAGGAAUAACUGAUGUAUUUAUGAAAAACAUCGUCGCAUAAUUGUACAGGAACGUGCUUUACUGGAGCCUGUCAGGUCCAUAUUUAGGAGAAAAUGAUCCGCUUCAUCCUCAUCCAGAACCGAGCAGGGAAGACACGACUGGCCAAAUGGUACAUGCAGUUUGAUGAUGAUGAGAAGCAGAAGUUGAUCGAGGAGGUCCAUGCUGUGGUAACUGUCAGGGAUGCCAAGCACACCAACUUUGUGGAGUUUAGGAACUUCAAGAUCAUUUACCGGCGUUAUGCUGGUCUAUACUUCUGUAUUUGUGUGGACGUGACUGAUAACAACUUGGCAUACCUCGAGGGGAUCCACAACUUCGUAGAGGUGCUGAAUGAGUAUUUCCACAACGUGUGUGAAUUGGACCUCGUGUUCAACUUCUACAAGGUGUACACGGUGGUGGACGAGAUGUUCCUGGCGGGAGAGAUCAGGGAGACCAGUCAGACCAAGGUCCUCAAGCAGCUCCUCAUGCUCCAGUCGCUCGAGUAGAAAACAGACAACCGCCCUUCCUACCUGCCCAUCAACCUGCUGCCCUAGUACCCAACCUCGCCUACUCCUUGUUCCGGUCAUUCUGGAAAUCAUUUUCCUGCCUCUACGGAGCAGCCUUCACUCUUCACAGAACUUCAGGAGGAGUCGUUUUUAGAAAAAUAGAAAAUACACAAUAAUGUGUACAUAUGGAUAUAUGAAAGGGAGCUUCAGUUAACCUGUUUGUCACAGCAGUCUAUAUGUUGCAUUAUUCUGUAUUUCUUAUACUUCUGAAUUCCCCCAGUAUUAAAAAGGCUGUACAUUUCAAAGUGUUAACAUUUCAUCAUGUUAACAUUUCAUACACCGCCUAAGUUACAAUCAACUUUAUAUUCUGUUCACUUUUUCCCCCAAAAGCCAGAGGCCGCACAAAUUUAUUUCAUAAAGUAACCAGUUAGUCUUUGCAUUUAUGUCAGUGCUGUGUGGAAACACUAAUGCAGAUUCACCAGUGUGACACUUUUCUCUGCUGCCCACCUCCUGCCCCCCCUUCAUUAGCCUCAACUUACAUUUAAUGGCACUACUGUUACUAACGAGCACCAUGUAUGAAGAGUGACUGCCUGCAACAGCCUUUUCUAUAAACCCAUGUAAAGGAAGAACUCGCCAGUGAUGCGUUAUUAGACGCCUUUUGCUCAUUUUGUAUCUGGAUCACAAUACAAGUAAACUAUAACUAGAAAGCCCUUCAGAGCAAUUGACCCAUCACGGCAAGUUCAUAAUUGAAUGGAGUGUACUUAGGAUGAGUGCCAUUUUUACUGGUGUGUUAUGGCAACCUGUGGUCACAUCCUCACGGCUGAUGAUAAUACAAAGUGUAGGUUAUGUAGGCUCAGAUGGCUGCGCUCUGGAUGUUGUAAUUGUUUUCAUUGCAUUUCAAAUGAUCUAAAUGAUUUGAUGCAACACGUAACAUUAAAUGGUGCUUGUUAGUCACAAAAACCUGGACGUAGAAAGUAUGUUUCACCCAAAGCAGUACUGUGGGGUUUGCAUCGUUCGGUGUGUACAUACAGUGUAUCUUGCGUAUGUUGAAUAUUGUGAAAUUAACACAUGCAUUCCAGAAAGAGUGGUUCUCGCUUACUCGAUGGUCUGAGGAGCAUUAACUUGAGUUAGAUCCAUAAACUCCUUUGCCAUUGCGUAAAAUAAAUUGGCUUUUAAAUUCCUCCUACAAACCUCAUGAAUUUUGACAAAUAAAUCCACUUUUAUUCAUUUACUCUUGCUGGACUUUAAUGUUUAUACAAUUACUUGACAUACUCUAAUUUUACCAUAUCCAGUCAUAAAGGUGGUUUUAAAUGUUACUGUUUUGUAUUUUUUUUUUUUAUAUAAAUGAUUAGGCAAUUGUGAAAUAUGUACUGCUUCCCCUUUUUGUCCACCUGUGAGUUUGUUGAUGGAAGAUGUGUGUUUGUAUGUAUUACUGUCCCCAAUUUAACUACCCACAUCAAUACGUCCCAUUAUAUGUAAAUAAACUAAUAAACAGAUAAAGUGAUACGUGCA